AUGCCGUUGACGAUCCGGCGGUGCGGCAAACAGGUUCACACAUCCGCCGAUAAUUCGGAAGCGUACCAGCUUGUCGAUGAUGACCUGGGCCGCUUAGUGCAGUGGACGCUCGGGAGCCAGCAGGAGCUGUGGGAAGUACGGUACGUGUUUACGCAUGUCUGCGGCCCGAAUGGGGGUACGGUCCUUGGUCUGGGAUUUGGAACAGCGGACGUCAGAAUGGAAGAGGUGGACAUCCUGGAAUGUGAGAACUUGGCGGUUUGCGAUGCCUACGACGGGGAGAUCAACAUCCUCGGGCAACAGGUCAACAAGGACGGCCUGGAUCUCUGCGAGCCGAGCUCCGGUUCCUGCGAGGAGGAGUCCAUCACUGCCAUGUAUGACUCCUCGCAAGGCUUGCUUAGGUUCACGGUGGACUCCCGGAGAUGUCGCGGACAGUUUCGGGUCGACAUUGUGAAAGAGGCGUUAAGGCACAGAGACCUGUACCCCACAGUGGCCUUUGCCAACAAGAGAAGCAAGGUGCGCAUCGAGCUCAUCAGGUGCCUCAUGGCUAUGCCGGUUCCUCGGGAUGAGCGCCUGCUCCGGAGAGACUUCUCUACCUCCUUCACAGUAGCGGCAGAUGAAGGUGCUGCCGACUUCCCGAGCGGAUGCGUGACCUUCGAGGUGGACGGCCGCCAGCUGCGAGCGGACAAGUUUUUGCUGGCCACUCGCUCUGUCUACUUCGAGCGCAUGCUCAAUACUCGCAUGAGCGAAGGAGCCGCCUCGCAUGUCCCCAUUCCCAGAGCAUCGGCACCUGCGUUUGAGGCGGUUCUCCGCUUCAUCUACUCUGCUGGGCAAGCUGGACAGGUGCUCUUCGAGCAUGCAGACCCUCUCGAAGUGUUGCACCUUUCUGUUGAGUUCUUGCUGGAAGACCUCACCCGGCUCUGUGAAUGGAAGCUUAUGCAGGGGCUGACCCUCGAGAAUGCCCUCGUAACCUUCGGUUCCGUUGUCACCGUCCGCAACCAGGUACCCGCCCUUGUGGAAUCCUGCAUAGAGAGGAUGCAAGGCCGCAUGAAGGACGUGGUCGGAAGCGAGUCCUUCAAAGAGCUUUGCCGCAGUGAAGUGGGCGUUCGGGAGUUGAUUCUUUCACUGGAUGAACCUCUGGCAAAGCGUCGCCGACUACAAACUCCCAGCAGAGCAGGCUGA